CGCUCGUCCCCGCGCUCUCUUCUCCACUGAGGACAGGCAGACCGAGGAGCAUCCACACACACGUGAGGACUAGACCACAUCAGUCAAAAUGGUGAAGAUCGGAAUCAACGGAUUCGGACGUAUCGGCCGUCUGGUGACCCGUGCCGCCGCCAAGGGUGGCAAGGUCGAGGUGGUAGCCAUCAACGACCCCUUCAUCGACCUGGACUACAUGGUCUACAUGUUCAAGUAUGACUCCACUCAUGGUGUGUGGAAGCACGGAGACGUGAAGGCCGAGGGCGGCAAGCUGGUCAUCGGCAACAUGCACAUCAACGUCUUCCACGAGAGAGACCCCGCCAACAUCAAAUGGGGCGAUGCUGGCGUCGACUACGUCGUGGAGUCCACCGGUGUGUUCACCACCAUCGAGAAGGCCUCCGCUCACCUGAAGGGCGGCGCCAAGAGGGUGGUGAUCUCUGCCCCCAGCGCCGACGCUCCCAUGUUCGUCAUGGGCGUCAACCACGAGAAGUACGACAACUCCAUGAAGGUUGUCAGCAACGCCUCCUGCACCACCAACUGCCUGGCUCCCCUCGCCAAGGUCAUCAACGACAACUUCGGCAUCAUUGAGGGUCUCAUGAGCACCGUCCACGCCGUCACCGCCACACAGAAGACCGUUGAUGGUCCCUCCGGAAAGCUGUGGAGAGAUGGCCGUGGCGCCGCCCAGAACAUCAUCCCCGCUUCCACCGGAGCCGCCAAGGCUGUGGGCAAGGUCGUCCCCGAGCUGAACGGCAAACUGACCGGUAUGGCUUUCCGUGUGCCCACCCCCAACGUGUCCGUCGUUGACCUGACUGUCCGUCUGGAGAAGCCCGCCAAGUACGACGACAUCAAGAAGGUGGUGAAGGCCGCCGCUGAGGGACCCAUGAAGGGAUUCCUGGGAUACACAGAGGACCAGGUCGUGUCCACAGACUUCAACAGCGACCCUCACUCCUCCAUCUUUGAUGCUGGCGCCGGCAUCGCCCUCAACGAGCACUUCGUCAAGCUGGUUUCAUGGUACGACAACGAGUUCGGCUACAGCAACCGCGUGUGCGACCUGGUCCUGCACAUGUUCUCCAAGGAGUAAAGUCCUGUCAAGUCCAAACACGUAGUUUCUUCCCAUGAUUCCCUGUUCCUUCACCUGUAACUUGAAGCCGCGCCAUCUGCUCCCGGGAGCAAACCCCUCCAUGCCAAACGCAAAGCUGGUGAUUUCAGGAGAACCGUCAAGCAAACCUUUUUAUAUGAUGAAGUCACCGCUGGUUCGUUCGGCUGGAGGACCGGACAUUUGAUCUUCCACACAUGCACAGUCGCUCCUUUGCACUUACUGUGACAAUAAAGUCCUUCAUUUGUGG